AUGAGGGGAUCUUCGACACGCGGGCUCCAUGUCGCUGAGGCCACGGCAAGCCAGCAUCUGGACACGCAUAUUGUUGGCACAUAGGACCAAAAUGAGACAAGUAAGAGCAAAAGUGGUGGUUCGUGGGCGGCGCUUCAGACGGAGGGCUAUUUUAUCCGCAUACCUGCAUACCCCCUGGGCUGCAGCGCGAAACUGCGAUCGCCUCCAAGUCACCGGGCUGGACAUGUGACUCUCAAGCAAACAAAGCGGGAGUCUAGCUCGAGGCGCUCGAGCCUACCGGCGUCACUGACGCUGCCACACACCUCCGGCGAAUGGGACUCUAUAAAUGAGAGAGAGGGGACCAGAGGAGUCUGUUCCGCCCCGAAACCAGGACGGUGCCGUUCUCCAACCUUUCCGCUACCUUUUAUCGCCUGGCAGCAAUGCACUUGCCCUACGCUCCACACCUCUCUCCCGAAAAGCCGAAGGAGACCAUGUUCGACUUGGUUGGUCACCGAUAAUUCACAUCUUGGUGCAGUAUCAAUAACACCAGAAUACGAAUUAGGUCUCGAGCACAGGUCUGGCGACUUCAGCCAAAUGGAUUAA